AUGUUCGAGGAGACUCUGACUUCACAGUAUAACCAGGAGAUUUUGGAUGAGCAGCAGCAAACGCUAGAAGUCCAAUCUGCAGACUCGAAUUCACUUCGGUUUACAAUUGGCGCUGAGAAAAAUACUUUCACGGUCACAAACAACUCUUCUGGUGGGGAAUGCGGCCUUCAAUAUGUGACCUACGUCCAGUUCCUCGCCAAUGUCGAGCAGGAAAAGCCCGCCCUUCUGGAAACUACUGCACGCACAUUCACCACUGUUAUUCUCUCCUGCCGCCCUGCCUCUAAACCAUUCCGGAUCCCUGGCUUCUCGUUUUCCUCCCUUAUUUCCGCUCCAGCCAACGGGUUUGAUGUUGGUGCCUCGCAUGAAUUUGAGGCCGGUUUGGUUAUGCGGGUUCCACCAAUGCUUGACCGGGACAUUUUUAUUUGA